CGAGGCCUCGGCGAGUUCCCGCCCACCGGAGCUUCGGGCUUAAAAGGAAACCCGUCACUCUGCCUGCUGGAGUCGAUGAGGAGGAAGCAAGAUGGCGUCCACCAGCCGCUUGGACGUUCUGCCUAGAGUGACAUGUCCAAACCACCCAGAUUCCAUUUUGGUAGAAGAUUAUAGAGCUGGAGACAUGAUUUGUCCAGAAUGUGGACUUGUAGUAGGUGACAGAGUAAUAGAUGUAGGGUCAGAAUGGCGAACAUUCAGCAAUGACAAAGCCACUAAAGACCCAUCUCGAGUUGGAGAUACCCAGAACCCUCUCCUUAGUGAUGGAGAUUUGACUACAAUGAUUGGCAAGGGGACAGGCGCAGCUAGCUUUGACGAAUUUGGGAAUUCAAAGUAUCAAAAUCGUCGCACCAUGAGCAGUUUUGACCGUGCAAUGAUGAACGCCUUCAAGGAAAUUGCUAGCAUGGCUGACAGAAUCAACCUGCCCCGCAAUAUAGUUGAUCGAACAAAUAAUUUAUUUAAACAAGUGUAUGAGCAGAAGAGCCUGAAGGGGAGAAGUAACGAUGCCAUUGCAUCCGCUUGUCUCUACAUUGCUUGCAGACAAGAGGGAGUUCCUAGGACAUUUAAAGAAAUAUGUGCUGUUUCCAGAAUUUCCAAAAAAGAAAUAGGCCGGUGUUUCAAACUCAUCUUGAAAGCUUUAGAAACAAGUGUCGAUUUGAUCACUACUGGAGAUUUCAUGUCCAGAUUUUGUUCCAACUUGGGUCUCCCUAAGCAAGUCCAGAUGGCUGCAACACACAUUGCGCGUAAAGCUGUGGAAUUAGAUUUAGUUCCUGGAAGGAGUCCUAUCUCAGUUGCAGCUGCUGCUAUUUAUAUGGCUUCACAAGCCUCGGCUGAAAAGAGAACACAGAAAGAAAUUGGAGACAUUGCUGGUGUAGCUGAUGUUACAAUAAGACAGUCAUAUAGGCUGAUUUAUCCACGUGCUCCAGACCUUUUCCCAGCAGAUUUCAGAUUUGACACUCCAGUGGACAAACUGCCCCAGCUGUGAAACUUCAAAGCCCUGCAAAAUAAUUUUUGACUUAGAAAAGCACUAAGCAUAUAAAAGCAGUCCUGUCAAGCUUUCAAUUGCAGGACUGGUGAAUGAAAGGAGAUGGAAAAACUGAUCGGAUGAAAUGGAGCACACAUUCCAGAUGUAAACAAAAUAAUUUUGUGGCAUUUUUAUGUAUAUAUUAGUGAAUGUAAGUAUUUAACAACCAUUGCAGCAAAUUUAAUUUUCUAUUCUGUGUAUUUAGAUUUCUUUCAUAGAGAUCUGGCAAAAUGUAUUUUGGAAAAUAUUUCAAAUCAGAAUAAACUGUUUUCCAAAAAACAGUACUGACCUACAAGUUUUACUGUAUGUAACUUUGUUCUAAAUAAAUAUCCAAGUGGAAAAUGUAAUCUAUAUAAGUUGUUCAGUUCUCUGAAUUAGAUGCUGUACAUGGAUUUUGCAUUGUUUCUUGAUAAUUCUUAGUUAAUUAUAAUGGGAAGUUCUAAUUCAGAGAAAAUAUAGUUCAUAUAAUAAGUAUACUUGUAAAAAAAAAUCUGUUCACCUUAGGAAAAGAUUAACCAUGUCAAGUUUAUACUUUGAUUCAUUCUAUUUAAAGUUCCAUAAAUCAAGAGCAUGUCUCUUCGUUACCUUGUGUGGCUACUCGAAAAAAUGAUGACCAUAUUAUGUUCAUGGUCUCUGUCAUAAGAGGCAGUUUUUCUAUUGCUGAGUUUUGAAUAGAAGUGGGACAAUCACCGUUUCUCUCUUCACAAAGCCAGGAAUAUUUUUUGGUCAGUGAUGAUGAUAGUCUAGUUAAAAACAAGUAGACUAUUACUAAGGCAUUGAAAACAGUUGAGUACCAUUGUUGAACAGGAAGGAAACUGAAUCGAAUGUUCUUUACCCUACAUGUGCAAAUUUUUUCUGUCUAACUUGAUAUUCCAGCAGCUCCCUUCUGCCAUUACUGUUUUCUUUAGCAGAGCUGGUCAGUUUAACCACUGAAACACAGCUGAGGUGAAAGAUAACAGUAGGAGUGUGUGUGUGUGUGUGUAUGUGUAUGUGUGGGGAAGAAGGAGAUCCUUAGUCCCUCCAGACCAUUGAGAUGGAACUGAGAAAAUGUAUACUUUAAUGAUUAUUCAGCAUUUAGGUGAAUUAGAAAUAGAAUCUUUUGUGACUAGAAGCUCUUGUCCAAAUUGCAAAAUCAAGUUCACUCCUUUUGAGUAGGGAUGUAUUUGCCACUUCAACAGCUAUAAAAUGACAGAGCUCAUGAUAAUUUAAAAAAAAAUUAAGUCUGCUUAGUAUAAAGCUUUAUAAUGUAUAUGAAAAAUAAAAUUAAUCCUGGAGGCUUAUAUCUUUCUUCAAUUUCUUUGUUCAUGAAAAUGGUUUGCAGUCAUACAAUUUCAUGGGUCUAAGAUUUGGCAUUAUUUUGUUAAGGGAUGUUACCAAAAGAUGGUAUUAUCCUGGCAAGUACACUCCUAUUUUGUGUUAGUGUCAAUCUUUGCCUGCAGUAGUCUAUACUGUAGAGUAAGGGCACAGAAAUCCAACUCACUACAAUAAACCAUCUUGGUUUGUAAUUCAUUCAAUGUAAUUCAUUGAGGGCAUUUCUAUCAGUGUCAAAACCUAAUCAGCACAGACCUUUUAUGUGUAAGUCCAGUAAAUGAAUUUUAUCUCGGGCUUUUUAAAAACCACGAUUAAAAAUCAUGUCUAAGUAGUAAUGGAUCCAAACCUAUAGGAAAUAGAAUUAACUUUAGACAAAAGGUAAGAAAGUAACCAAAAAAUAAAGCUGGGCUUAAAUCAUUUUAGAAUCUUGAGAUAAUUGAAAUAUUAAUUGCUUAACAGCAUGAAAAUAUACUUACUAUUAUGCAAAGCAUAGGUAUUUUAAUGUUGGGAUUAUUUGUUCAAUCCUCUGCUCAGCAGAAAAAUCAAAAUUAAACAUUUUCAAUUUAUGCUUGAACAUAGUAAAAGGAUAGUCCACUGUUUGAUAUAUGUUAUUGGUUCCUAACACCCAAUCAGGAUCUGCCUUUAAUAAAUUCACUUCUGUGUUCUGUUAUCUAGAAUGAAUACAGACCCUGAGUGGCUUCUCUGAUA